AUGACCCGCUUUCGUCCCUGCAUCGACCUGCAUGCCGGCCAGGUCAAGCAGAUUGUCGGCGGCACGCUCGACUCGGCCACGGCGGCGCUGCAGACCAACUUUGUGGCGUCGCAGCCGCCCGGCCACUUUGCGGCACUGUACCGGACGCACGGACUGCGUGGCGCUCACGUGAUCAUGCUGGGUAGCGGGCCGGCCAACGUAACAGCCGGACGCGAAGCCGUGGCCGCCUGGCCGGGUGGCCUGCAGAUCGGCGGCGGCAUCCGCGACAGCAACGCUGCCGAGUGGAUCGCUGCUGGCGCCGACAAGGUCAUCGUCACGUCGUAUCUCUUCGAGGAGGUGUCUGCGAGCACUGCCGCCACCGCUACGCAUCACUUCAGUCAGGCCCGUCUCGACUCCGUUCUCGCGGCUCUCGGCGGCGAUUCCCAGCGGCUCGUCAUCGAUCUCAGCUGUCGUCGUCUCUCAUCCUCCUCUUGGGCUGUCGCUAUCAACAAGUGGCAGACCCUCACGGACAUGCUUCUCUCCGCCGAAACUCUCGCUCGCCUCGCUCCUUACUGCUGUGAAUUCCUCAUCCAUGCUGCUGACGUCGAGGGGCUCCAGCGUGGCAUUGACCAGGACCUCGUCGCCUCUCUUGCCGCCUGGUCUGUCGACCUCGAUCGUCCCAUCACCUAUGCUGGCGGUGCUCGUCACCUCAGCGAUCUCGAGCUUGUCGAUCGCCUCAGCAACGGCCGCAUUCAUCUCACCAUUGGCAGUGCUCUCGACUGCUUCGGUGGUUCUGGCGUCAAACUCGACGACUGCAUCGCUUGGAACAACUCUCACCCAGAACUGCCACCAUCACACGACAUCACGUUGUAG